AUGCCUCAGAAGCCUUUCCAGACCUCAUAUCCUCUUGCAAAGGAUCUCCUUCAUCCCUCUCCAGAAGAGAAGAAGAGCAAACACAGGAAAAAGCACCUGGUGCAGAGCCCCAGCUCCUACUUCAUGGAUGUGAAAUGUCCAGGAUGCUAUUCAGUCACCACCGUCUUUAGCCAUGCAGAAACAGUACUUUUGUGUGUUGGCCGCUUUUCUUUUCUCUGCCAGUCUACAGGAGGAAAAGCAAAGCUUACAGAAGAAUGUUCUUUCAGACGAAGCAGCACUAAAAGUACCCUGGGUCAAGAUGAAUAG